AUGGUGAUGUCUCGGGCCGCUGGCAGCAAGAGACUGGGCGCUAUCGGCACUGCAGCUGUUCCUGAAAAGCAAAUGGCCUCAGUGGAAGUGUCAAGAAUCAGACCAAUUUUAUCUGUUCCCAGCUGGCAAAAUAGUGUAGACGGUAGUCCUAAUGAAACAUCUAUUAGUGGUGAUGCUGGAAUUGCCAACACUACAAUAGCUAACUACUUUUCUAAAUUUUCAAAUGCUCCAGUAAUAUGCAAAUUAGUUGGAAGAAAAGUUCUUGAUGGAGUUGGUCAGCCAACAUUAGAAGUGGAAAUAUACUGUACAGUUAAAAACUAUGAGAAGAGGAUUUGUUCCACUGUAAUCCCUUCUUAUUCUCAAAUAUGUGAAAAUGCUUUACCUGAAACAACUGAAGCUGAUGAGAAAGAAAGAAAUGACUCUGUUAACACUGCUGUGGAAUGGGUGAAUGAAUCGCUGAACACAAUGUUAAGAGACUUGAAGCCUACUGACCAGUGUCAAGUUGAUAAAAUACUUGGUGACUAUUUCACAAAAAAGGUAGAAGAAAAAAAAGAAAUUCAAAAGCAAGUAGAAGAAGAACCAGAAGCCACUUCUGCCCUUAUUUCAUGUGCUCCGUCAGCAACAUCACUACCUGGGAAAAAAAAAGCAGCAAAACAAGGGAAGAAGGGGGCAGUUGCAAAGAAAACGAUACCACCUGCAGAACCUGUUGAACCCGUGCUUUGUGGCAGCUUAGCCAUUGGGGGAUCAUCACUUGCUGUAUCUAAGGCUGGUGCAACUAUUACCCGUAUCCCGUUGUACUUGCAUAUUGCACUGCUGAAACAUGGUGAGGAUUCCCCUAAAGAAUUUACUCUGCCACUCCCAAUGGUUACUGUGUUGAACUGUGAAAAACAUUCACCUGCAAAACUGAAAUUAAUGAAAGAAGUUAUGCUUAUACCACCAGUUCAGUUAUCACUCAAACAGGGCAUAGAAAGAGUUCUGGAUAUUCAGAAAGAAAUGAUGCGACUUUUGGAGCCUCCAGGCAGAGCGCCCAGUCUUCAACCAGCAGACAGUAAGAAAGGCAAAGAACAUAAUACAGGGAAGAAAGCUCUGCCACGAGCCUUUAAAAGAAUAUCACACUUAGGUUGCCUAAUAACAGGAUGUGAUAAUCUAGAACAACCGCUACUCCUGAUGCAAACAGCUUGCAACAAUAUAGGUCUGGAGCUAGGAACAGACACGUACUUAGCAAUAAAUUGUGCUGCUCAUGAGUUAAUGGAUUACGUUAAAGGAGAAUAUGAAAUACUCACUGGAAUGUUCAAAAGUCCUGAUGAAAUGGUUGACAUGUAUGUGGAACUGAUUAAUAAAUUUCCUUUUAUUAUUGCAUUAAUAGAUCCCUUAAGAAAAGAGGACCGACAACAAUGGGAUAACAUGUGCUGUGCCCUUGGUUCCAAAUGUUACCUGAUUGCUGAAGAUGCUGCCACAUAUAUUCCCAAACUUAAAAUUGACCAAAACAUGAACGUACCAAUGUGCAGUGGUGUUGUCCUAAAAUAUAUUAACCAAACCACAGUAUCGGACCUCAUAGAAGUUACUGGACUUCUAGACAGUCAAAGACAUAUUACCAUAUUAGGAAGUCCAGAUGGAGAAUCUUCUGAUGAUAGCCUUGUGGAUCUGGCUGUUGGACUGGGUGCCAGGUUUAUCAAGUUGGGAGGUCUUUCCCGCGGAGAAAGGGUGACCAAAUACAACCGCCUUCUUGCUAUAGAGGAAGAACUGGCCAAGAAUAGAACGCUACGCGAAGCAAAUCUUGAGUUUAUUGCUUUUCCUGAAGAAUCAGAGACAGAAAACCAACUUUCUGAUGUACUUGCUCCCCCAAAGCCAGAUGCGUUGCCUCCAGAGGUCUCUGAGCCAGCCCUGCAGGUUCACAGCCUGCCUGCUCAGCUCCCAGAGAACAGCACGCUCACCUAG